AUGUCCUUUAAGCAAGUCCUUGACGGUCUCAAGGCGGCAGUGGAAGCUGGACGGACAGACGUGGUCCGAUCCGUCAUUUCUACAUUGGAAAAAAAUGGGGAAAUAAAUGAAUUACCAAUGAUUUUAAAUGAGCCUUGUUCUGAAGAGGGUACUCUUCUUCAUCUUGCUACAAUGUUGGGUGAAGCAGACAUUGUACGUACACUACUGUCUGCUGGUGCAGAUCCAGGAGUACACAAUAGCAAACAACGAAUUCCAUUGGACCUGGCAAAAUUAGAAAAAGUGAGAACUGUCUUCAAUGAAGAAUUACUACAGGCUACAGCUCAAUCAAACAUGGGCCGUGUAUGUCAGCUGCUGGCAUCUGGUUUGGAUGUCAAUUUGAAAGACAGUAGUGAGAGUCAGAAUACACCACUGCACUGGGCAGCCUGUUAUGCAUCUAGGGAUAUGAUCCAAUGCCUUUGCUUACGUGGAGCUGAUGUAAAUGCUGUCAAUACUGAAGGCUGCACUCCACUCCAUGAGGCUGUGACAAGGGGGGAUGAGGAAGUAGUUGAAGAAUUGCUCAUCCAUAAAGCUGAUCCAACAUUAAAAAUUAUGAUAGGAGAAAACUGUGGUAAAUCUGCAGUUGAUCUGGCUCAAGGAAAUAAUCAGUUAAUUCAUUUGUUGGAAAAUCCACCUAUAUCUCAUGGUGAACGGAAAUUAUCACAAGAUGCUUUAGAAGAAUUGUUAAUGUCUGAGUCCGUAACUCGUAAUAAUGACACCAACAUCACUGAUAUCUCCUCCAAGUCUGGACUGAGUGAAGAGAGCAAAAUGAAUGGCUCUGCAUCUCCCUCCAAAGGGCUGCAUAUGCCCACACCUAAGAAAACACUAUUGUGGGAUCAUCUUCCAAUUUCCCCUAAACCUGUUGUAACAGAAGAACAACUAUCUUUAUUAUGGCCUCAACCACAAUCCAUAAUCCAGAAAGAAGGAAAGCCUUUCACUCCUAGUGGCUCCAUCCGAAUAUAUCUGUCCAGUAUUGCUGAUAUAAAUAUUCAUUCAUUAGUGGAAGUAUGGGAUUCACAUAAAUCCAAAUUUGAGUCAAUUGGGCUGAUUCCUGUAGUUGAUCUACUGUCUCCUGCCUCAGAGUGCAACACUCAAUGCAUUGUGUGUCAUGUGAAUAAUCGACUGUGUGUGGAAAAGGGGAGCUAUAAAAUUAUUAUCCGAAGUAAUCAGGUUCGAAUGGUGUCACAUGAUCGCCAAAGUCUUGGCUAUGCAAUCAGUACACUGAUUCAAUUAUUGCAGCUUUACAAAGAUGAUAAUAUAAUUAGCGUGCCUGUGUUAGAGAUAAACGAUUCCCCAUCAUUGCCUUACCGAGGUGUCCUUCUUGACGUUUCUCAAGGACGAGUGCCUAAUUUAAAAACUUUAAAGUACAUGCUUGACAAUCUGUCUUUGCUGAAAAUGAACCAAGUCCAUUUGUAUACAAGGUUUCGUCAUCCAUUAGAUUCUGUAUGGCAACUUUGUUAUACCUGUAGUGAACUGCUUGAAAUUGAUAAAUUCUGCAUGGCUCGAGGCAUGCAACUCAUUCCUGUUCUUGAUGUUGGUCCCAAAGUUCAGUUUGAAGAGACUGCCUUACUUCAAGGGGUUUUUAAUGAUUAUAUUUCACACUUCACAAAUUCUGAUUUCAUCAACAUUGGACCUCGCCUAAGUAGUUUCAUCUUAGACUGUCCUGACAAUGAAAGCAUAAGCAUUGGUGAUGCUGCUAAAUUCCUUCCAAUCAAAGACAAAAUGCUAUUAAUAUGUGGUUAUCCCCUCCAUGAAUUGAAACCCCAACUUUUACAACAGUUGCCACCACAUCUCAUGUUUGCUGAAUAUGGCAUGCAGGCCAAUUAUGACUUUAUGUCUCAUUGUAAAUCUUUAGCUGACAGUGGGCAUGGUUUUAUUGUCUGCCCAGGUACUGCUGCCUGGAAUAGUCUUGCUGGUUGUCCUGAAGCUGCUGUGUAUAACAUUUAUAAUUCUGUAAAAUGUGCCUCGAGUCAAUCUGGUCUUGGUCUGCUUGUGUGUAAUUGGACAGGCCGUGGUUAUCUUACUCACCUCCCAUUCAGUUGGCCAGGUUUAUUAAUUGCUGCUGGUUUAGCUUGGAAUGGAGAUGUGCAUUGGGGUUUUCUUCAUACUCACCUUGCUGAAUUGCUAAACCAACAUAUAUUUUCUGAUAAAACCUCUGUCAUGGGACAAGCUGUCAUUGAACUUGGCAGAAUUGAAACAUAUGUUCUAAGAUGUUCUCAGAAUAAGUCAGGCGAUGAUCGGACUAACUUGCCCUGUGAACAUGGCUCUACAUUGUUUCAGUUUUUAGUCCAUCCUGACAGAGCACCUCUUGAAGAACUAACUCCUGAUGUUCUGCAGAAGACAUGCCGUUAUGUGCGUAAACACCAAACAGAAAUUGCUGGUGUUGUAUUAAAUUGUCCUCAGGCCCAAGAAAUUAUUUCUGAAUUACAGCUAACUAUGGAUAUGAUGAUAUUGGCUGCUCGGAUUGGUCGUGCAAUGGUCACUGCUGGUCGAAAUCCUGACCCUCAUGGCGGUCUCAGAGUAGUUAAUUUGGGUGUAACUAAUCUUAGUGCAACCGGAAAAACCGAUCUGGCCAACAGGCUUCUGGAGUUGAUUGAAAACUAUCGCCAAUGUUGGGGCAAACGUUACCUCACCAACUAUGGGUUACAAGAAUCAACCAGUUGCUUACGAAGUGUUCUGAAACAGUUAGUACCUGAUGAGGACACAGACAGACUUGCUAAUAAUGUGAUAUUAUAA